AAUGGGACACCUCGUUAUUUUAGAUCCUUUAACACUUGUAUGUGGGUGUGCAUACUUUUCAGGUUACAACUACCAGUAUUUGUUUAUUUUUAUGACUUAAUCUGUUUGUGUCAUUAGAGAGUGAAAUAUUCUUUACUUCCCAUUGUUAUGUUGUGUUUUAUUCUCCUAACUGAUAUACCAUGUCUGGCUAUGUACUAAGAGGUAGAACAAUUUUAUCUAGAGGAGCUGUGCAUUCACAGGUUCUAUUUUUCUUUACUCAUGUCCCUGGAUUUAUAUGUCAGUAUAUAACAAAAGAUCUAAAUGAGUGGCGAAGCCAUAAUAUUUUGCGGUUGACGAAGCACUUUUAAAUUGCUUCCCCACAAACGGAUCGAAGGUCCAAAGCCACGGGUCCUUCCCUUUGUGAAUUUGUUAUGCUUUUGGGUGUAGCCAUACUAUUUCGGGUGCGGGCAUGUAACAAAUUCAGUAAGAUUGAUUUAUGUGUACAUAGGUUCUGCUAUAGUUCUGUAAGAUCAAUAUAUUUUCUCACAAAGAAAAUUCCAGGUUUGAAAAAAGGCAAGUGGAAAAUUGUCACCACUUCAGCAACUGCCGUGUAUGUUUUCUCAGAAAGAAACUUUAAGGAGGAGGAUAUUGAUCAUUGCGGAUGAGAUGGACUACUUCAUAACACGAGACCGGGCUGUGCUACAUGACGUUUUCAUGCUUACCAACCACCAGUUCUCAAGAUGCAUACUAAUAGGAAUUGUAAAUGCCAUAGACCCAACAGAUCGCUUUCUACCAAAGCUUCAAUCAUUAAAUUCUGGUCUGAUAAGUGAAAAUACAACAGUACUUUAUUAUUUACAGGUAACUGAUAAUAUGUACAUUCUAAUUUUCUUCUAUACUCCAGUGCCCUGAUACGUCUCCAACGUAUCUAUAAUUUUUGAUUGCUCCAUGCUAUAUUAUAGUUUGUUUUGUACAUUAUUGGGCUUUAUUAUACACUUUUAUAUUAUUUUUCGGACUAACCUAUUAACCGGAGGCCCAGCCCAGAAUUGCUGUUUUUUUGC